AUGGCCGCGCUAGAAGAGCUGCAAGAUGGCGCAGAGGAAGACGCCAGCGAGCUGCAGAGACCUCCACAGUCUGAAGCACCAGUGACCCAAGGGAUCCUCCAAAGUAUGCUAGACCGCAUGCAUGAUAAACUACAGCACACAUUUCAAUCAGCCCUAAAAGAAAUCAGGGCAGACAUACAAGAUCUGGGCGCCAGGACCUCAACGCUGGAGGACCAAAUGGCGGACCAGACUGAAGUUUACAAGGAAAUGCGGGCAGACCUGGAGGAGAUGCAUGACAACUUGGAAACCCUGGGAAUUAAAAUCGCAGACAUGGAGGACAGAUCACGGCGCAAUAACAUCAGGAUCAGGGGCAUAGCAGAAUCGGUGAGCACAGCAGACCUCCAUGCACACCUACAGAGCCUGUUUAAAGUCCUAGCGCCGGAUCUACCUCAAGACCUGCUCCUGCUGGACAGAUAUCAUCGAGUUCAAAAGCCUAAAUUCUUAACCACGGAUGCGCCAAGAGACGUGCUAGUGUGCUUGCAUUAUUUCCACGUUAAGGAGGACAUUAUGAGAGCAAGCAGACAACGCCAAUCCCUCCCAGAGCCACACCAACGAACAACCAUUUAUGCAGACAUCUCAGCCGCAACACUGAAAAAGAGCAAGACCUUUGCGGCUAUUACAGAGCAACUGCGGCAACAUAAGAAGCCAUAUCGAUGGGGAUUUCCGGUAAAGUUGCUCAUCUCCCAUGAAGGCACAAUAACUGCCAUCCAUACCCCUGAAGCUGGCCUGAAAGCACUCCAGGAUUGGGGAAUACUUCCACCAACCACCACAGCUACCGCGACGGAUCGCAGCGGUGUCACACCUACAUGGCGGAAAUUGCCCAGACGUAGGUAG